AUGCAUUACCUCGCAGGACUAGAAGGUGCUGGUAUCCUAAACUUGUGUGUGAACGUUACAGAUCUUACCAAUUGAUUCAAGUUAUAUGGCUGAUAGCUGUUGAUGAGAUCAAUAUCCUUUGGGAAUUGAUUUAAGUUAUAUGGCUGGAGCUGUUGAUGAGAUCAAUAUCCUUUUGGGAUAAUUAUAUUUAUGCCACUUGACCUAUUGGCCGUCUACACUCCUCCGUCCCUCCUGCCUUUUAAUUGCAUUCAUUUUUAUGGAGCUGGUAGAUGAUGUGCUGUGAGUUUCUGUAGUUAGAAAAUUUCCAAUAUCUUGGCAAUCUUUGUCCCAAUUUCGUACAACAGCAUGCGUACUUCAGUUUGUAAGAGUUCAUUCUUCCUGCAAUCAGGUGUACUGUUGAGCUAGAAAGAAAGAAAAGAAUAAAUCAAAUCGCGGGCACCAAUCCAUAUAAAGACAAGUCACCUGAGUCUCAAAUUACCAAGGAAUAUUAGAUUAUUCUGAUCUCUUCAUGCGUUUCGUAUUUAUAAGAUGAGAGGCAAGAAAGAUCUUCAAUGAAUGGAGAACCGCCUAAUAAAUUCAGAUAUUUUGCAAACAAAAGAAAUAAUUUCCUAUCUUCCCUCUUUCUGUCUCAAUAUAUACGAGAGGCCAAAAGGCCACUAAGCAAUCCUGCUUUUGUAUUGUGGAUAAACUAACCAACGCGGUCGUUACUACACCUCUUCUCUCACUUGGAAGAACAACACUACAAAAUUUCUUGAGAUAUUUCUGUCGCAAUGAAGACUCUCAAUUCCUCAACAAUAUCAAAGAUCAAUACGCACAAUAUCAGAAAUGCCUUGAGUUGCAGAACCCAGUUUUCCUUUCCCAAGGAUUGUUUUGUCCGCAGUUUAUGCUGUAGCAAGAAUGGCGGCAGCUUCGUACUCGCUCUUUCUUUUAGUAGUAAAAGGAAGAUGGUGUUUUCUAAGCUUCAAACGUCUCAAGAUAAGAGUAAUGUGAAGGGAAAAAAGAAGAGCUUGCAAGCGCCCACUACGACCAAGAUUGAGGCACCUGAGCCUGGCGGCGCGCCGGCGGUUUCCGGGGAAAGUGGUGGAGACUCGGUUCCGCCGCCGCUGCCGCCGGGGAGUAAGAAAGUGGGAUCUUGGAAGUUGAAGGGUUUGCCUAAAAGAGUGCUGGCUCUGCUUUCUAAUUUGCCUCUGGCACUUGCUGAGAUGUUUGCGGUUGCUGCUUUGAUGGCUUUAGGAACCUUCAUUGAUCAAGGGGAGGCACCGGAUUUCUAUUUUCAGAAGUACCCCGAAGACAAUCCUAUUAUGGGAUUCUUCACAUGGAGGUGGAUUCUUACCCUUGGCUUUGACCAUAUGUUCUCAUCUCCACUAUUCCUGGGAACAUUGUCUCUCCUAGGUGCAUCACUUAUGGCUUGUACAUACACAACACAGAUCCCCAUAGUGAAGGUAGCUAGAAGGUGGUCCUUCUUACAUUCAGCUGAGGCAAUUCGUAAGCAGGAAUAUUCAGAUACCUUGCCCAGAGCAUCAAUUCAAGAUUUGGGUGUCAUUCUAAUGGGUGCUGGAUAUGAAGUUUCGCAAUUUCACAGUGAUCUUUCACUCUUUGACCUUAACGGCAAGGAGAUUAUGAGGAAGACGAUAAGUGUGAAUGAUCCAUUAAGGUAUGGUGGGAUCACCAUAUACCAGACAGAUUGGAGUUUGUCUGCACUGCAAAUAAUGAAGGACGAUGAAGGACCCUUUAAUUUGGCGAUGGCACCACUUAAGAUCAAUGGGGACAAGAAGCUUUAUGGAACCUUCCUGCCUGUAGGAGAUGCUGAUUCUACUAAUCUUAAGGGAAUAUCAAUGCUAGCUCGUGAUAUGCAAUCAGUUGUCCUCUAUGACCAAGAAGGGAAAUUUGCAGGAGUCAGACGGCCAAACUCGAAACUUCCAAUAGACAUUGACGGCAUGAGAAUUGUUGUGUUAGACGCGAUUGGCAGUACUGGACUUGAUAUAAAGACUGAUCCAGGAGUGCCCAUUGUUUACGCUGGUUUUGGUGCUCUGAUGCUCACCACUUGCAUCAGUUUUUUGUCUCAUACACAGAUCUGGGCUUUACAAGACGGAACAUCAGUGGUUGUUGGAGGUAAAACAAAUCGGGCAAAGGGUGAAUUUCCAGAUGACAUGAACUUCCUACUUGAUCAAGUUCCAGAGAUAGUCGAUUCAUCUGCUUCAAUGCAACUAGACAGUAGCAGUAGCUAGUUUUAAGUCGCUGUACAAGGGAGAACUCUAGCGUUGGAGCUUGCAUUCCUUCUCUGCCACCAACACAAUCCAUACUAAAUGGAGAAAAAAUGAGAUUUAAUCGAUCAGGUGAGAUGUUUGCCACUUGCAAACAUGUUCUCUCUUAAAACAAUCUUAAGAGAAUUUCUAAAAUCUGAUUAGUGAAGUCACAUAGACAUGUUUUUGGCAGCAUAUCUUAUACUGUAUACUGGUUUCUAGUACAUGUACAUUUUUGUAUUAUACCUGUCUGUUUCAGACAACUAAUUCGACCAAGAAAAUAAGUCUUGAAUCCAAUUCUUUCACGUCAUCUUGAUGUAAUUAGGACAGUUAAGCGGUACCAUUCUGCUGAAGUUAUCAUUAGGAAACAUCGAGCAUGGUUGUGCCACUGGCAUUAUCACUUCAAGAUUCCUCUUGUGUUGCUCGUGUCUUGUGUCUGUACAUAUGUAUAUGUGUGUGCUUUUGUGUGAGGAUGAUGGUGUAUAUUAAAUGAGUAA